UCGCCGCUGAGGAUGUCCCGGAAGGGGCCGCGAGCGGAGGUGUGUGCGGACUGCAGCGCCCCGGACCCCGGCUGGGCCUCCAUCAGCAGGGGCGUGCUGGUGUGUGACGAGUGCUGCAGUGUGCACCGGAGUCUGGGACGCCACAUCUCCAUCGUCAAGCACCUCCGCCACAGCGCCUGGCCCCCCACCCUGCUGCAGAUGGUGCACACGCUCGCCAGCAACGGGGCCAACUCCAUCUGGGAGCACUCCCUGCUGGACCCCGCGCAGGUGCAGAGCGGCCGGCGUAAAGCCAACCCCCAAGACAAAGUCCACCCCAUCAAGUCUGAGUUCAUCAGGGCCAAGUACCAGAUGCUGGCUUUUGUGCACAAGCUGCCCUGCCGGGAUGAUGACGGAGUCACCGCCAAAGACCUCAGCAAGCAAUUGCACUCAAGCGUGCGAACGGGCAACCUGGAGACAUGUCUGCGCCUGCUGUCCCUGGGCGCCCAGGCCAACUUCUUCCACCCCGAGAAGGGCACCACACCUCUGCAUGUGGCUGCCAAGGCAGGUCAGACGCUGCAGGCCGAGCUGCUUGUGGUAUAUGGGGCUGACCCUGGCUCCCCAGAUGUUAACGGCCGUACACCCAUUGAUUAUGCCAGGCAGGCGGGGCACCAUGAGCUGGCGGAACGGCUAGUCGAGUGCCAGUACGAGCUCACUGACCGGUUGGCCUUCUAUCUCUGUGGGCGCAAGCCGGAUCACAAGAAUGGGCAUUACAUCAUCCCACAGAUGGCAGACAGCCUGGACCUGUCCGAGUUGGCCAAAGCUGCCAAGAAGAAGCUGCAGGCGCUCAGCAACCGGCUUUUUGAAGAACUAGCCAUGGAUGUGUAUGACGAGGUGGAUCGAAGGGAAAAUGAUGCUGUGUGGCUGGCGACCCAGAACCACAGCACCCUGGUGACGGAGCGCAGCGCUGUGCCCUUCCUGCCCGUGAACCCUGAGUACUCAGCCACACGGAAUCAGGGGCGACAGAAGCUGGCCCGCUUUAACGCCCGGGAGUUUGCCACCUUGAUCAUCGACAUCCUCAGCGAGGCCAAGAGGAGACAGCAGGGCAAGAGCCUGGGCAGCCCCACAGACAACCUCGAGCUGUCCGCACGGGGCCAGAGCGACCUGGACGACCAGCACGACUACGACAGCGUGGCCUCGGACGAGGACACAGACCAGGAGCCCCUGCGCAGUGCCGGUGCCACGCGGAACAACCGAGCUCGGAGCAUGGACUCCUCAGACCUGUCAGACGGGGCUGUGACGCUGCAGGAGUACCUGGAGUUGAAGAAGGCCCUGGCCGCCUCCGAGGCCAAGGUGCAGCAGCUCAUGAAGGUCAACAGCAGCCUGAGCGAUGAGCUCCGGAGGCUGCAGAGGGAGAUCCACAAGCUGCAGGCCGAGAACCUGCAGAUCCGGCAGCCACCGGGGCCAGUGCCCACACCCCCUCUCCCCAGCGAGCGAGCCGAGCACGCACCCGUGGGGCCUGGCGGGAGCACUCACCGCAGGGACCGCCAGGCCUUUUCUAUGUAUGAACCAGGCUCCGCCCUGAAGCCCUUUGGGGGCCCACCCGGGGACGAGCUCACUACCCGGCUCCAGCCUUUCCACAGCACCGAGCUGGAGGACGACGCCAUCUAUUCAGCGCACGUCCCUGCCGGCCUUUACCGGAUCCGGAAGGGGGUGUCGGCCUCAGCUGUGCCCUUCACUCCCUCCUCCCCACUGCUGUCGUGCUCCCAGGAAGGAAGCCGCCACACGAGCAAGCUCUCCCGCCACGGCAGCGGCGCAGACAGUGACUAUGAGAACACGCAAAGUGGGGACCCGCUGCUGAGCCUGGAAGGGAAGAGGUUUCUGGAGCUGGGCAAGGAAGAGGACUUCCACCCAGAGUUGGAAAGCCUGGAUGGCGACCUCGACCCCGGGCUUCCCAGCACGGAGGAUGUCAUCCUGAAGACGGAGCAGGUCACCAAGAACAUUCAGGAGCUACUGCGGGCAGCCCAGGAAUUCAAGCACGACAGCUUCGUGCCCUGCUCAGAGAAGAUCCAUCUGGCUGUGACUGAGAUGGCCUCUCUCUUCCCGAAGAGGCCCGCCCUGGAGCCCGUUCGGAGCUCCCUGCGGCUGCUCAACGCCAGCGCCUACCGGCUGCAGAGCGAGUGCAGAAAGACGGCGCCCCCGGAGCCCGGCGCCCCCGUGGACUUCCAGCUGCUGACUCAGCAGGUGAUCCAGUGCGCCUACGACAUCGCCAAGGCCGCCAAGCAGCUGGUCACCAUCACCACCCGCGAGAAGAAGCAGUGACCACUGUCCCCGAACCCUCACCCGCACCCUGGGACCUCACUGGCCGUGGGAGCUGGGCCACCCCAGAUACUCAUCCCCGCCCCCACCGAGCCGCUGGCCCAAGUGCCCUUAGCGCUGCCACUGCUCCCGGCAGCCAGGUGCCCUGGUGCCCGUCCCCCUCGAGCCCCCAAGGAUGGGGAGGUGAGGUGGCAGGAGCUUCUGCCCCCACAUUCCAUGCACCCCUCCCUGUACAUAGCCCCCUACCCCUCUAGCGUGCAGGGGCCUGCAAGGCGGCACUCCCAACCCCAUGCCCUCGGGGGCACCCUCAGCCAAGGGUCGGGUGGGGACACUCCAAGUGGGGCAGCUCCCCUGAUGCACCCCACCCCCAUGAGCCAGUCCAGCCCUCCUGGGGGCUGAGCCGGGGGGGGCAUCCCCCCUUGUACAUAAUGCCUGUGGAUGUCCCCACCCUGUAGCCACCAGCCCCCUGCUGCUCUCUCCUUCAAUGCCAAACGGCCCCACCUAGGGCACAGGCCCCAACCUGUGUCCCCGGGGUCCCCAGCAGCAAACACUGGAAAAGUCUAAUCUUUUUUUUUUUCCUCUCUUUUCCACCCCUUAAUUUUAACGUUGUGGUAACUGAGUGUGCCUGUGUGUGAGUGUGCGGGGCGGCAGUGCCGUUCCAGAGGCCUGGCCCAUCUGGGGUUUCGUGAGGGGUGAGGGGACCAGGGUUUGGCUUUGACCCCCCCCAUCCUGGGGCCAGGGGCUGGGGGAGGGAACCAGCUGGGUCCUGCCCUCUGCCUCCCCUCAUUGCUCCCCCCACUCAUACCCUCUAUGAACUUAAAGGAAAACCACUUCGCUCCAUCUCUCUUCCCCUCCCUUAUGGAGGGGGAAAGUGCCAGCUGGGGCAGAGAACUGAGCACCCGAGCCUGGGGCUGGCUCCCCGGGGUCCCCGACGAAGCUGAGAGCCCCUCCCUGUAACCUCUGAGAGGCCAGCGCCUGCGGUGUCUGGGUCCCUGCAGCCUGGGCUGCAGCCUGGGAAGGCAGAUGACAGCACCUACCAGCUCCUCUCCCUGCCCCACCUCUGUCCCAGGGGCCAGGCUCUACCUGUGUGGUGGUGGGUGGGCUGACUGUCAAGACAUGUGUCAUGUACAUUUGUAUCAAAAAUAAAUAAGUGACCAUGUGCUCUUUUCUGAUGCUUUGGGAACUCUGGGAGGAGGGAUCAGGGAGGUGCAGACCUGAAACGGACCAACCUGGCAAAAGUAUGAAGCUAGUGAAAACGGUGACUGCUGCAGCCCCCAUACUGAAGGGGAGGGAAGCCCCUUGUCUUCUGUUAGCGGGGUCCUGCAAAUAAUGUUUCAGUAACUACCACCAGCGUCCUGCCACCUGCUCGCCCAUGGUGGUGGGAAGGGUCUACCACGUUACUAAAACCAGGAUCUGAGGCCAGGUUGGCAAGAAGCGGCAAGCAGAGGGUGCCUGACUUGAUGCUGUAACCCCCUCCCUACCUCAAACACGACCUACGUGACCUAGGACAGUGUCCCUGGCGGGAGUGAGUCUGUGUGGCCGAUGCACAAGCUCAACUCCAACCUCUACUAAAAUAAUUU